GUGUACGUCAGUUGCAAACGUUGUUUGUUUACAUUUGCUGUUCCCGUACGGCUCAGAACCUCGCUUGCUGCUCCGCGUUGUUCGCUGCUUUUUUACUUCCACUGGUGGAUGAAUGAAGUGAAAACAAUUUAUCAUCAACAGACCAGCCAGCUCAUACACUGAAAGCCGUUCAUGUUUGAUAAGGCAUCCCGACAGCACCAUGUAAUCAGUCGCGCCGAGUGAGGAGAUGCGUGUGUGUCGCAUAAAGCAGUCCAUUUUCGCCCAUCGCCUUCAAUUGUUAGAUGAGCUGUCGCGUCGUCCAACGCUCCCGUUGGACCACAGUUAGCAUUUGCGUGGCAAUCGUGUGACACAGACCAGUUCUUGCCUCUCGCACUCAGUCGGAGGAAUCAUGCCGCUUACCAUUCUCGUCACCGGUGGUGCUGGGUUCGUCGGAUCGCACACCGUGCUGGAGCUGCUGAACGCAGGCCACGCGGUCAUUUGCCUGGAUAACCUUUGCAACGCGUACGGUGGAGGUGCCGGAUCGAAGCUGCCAGAAUCGUUGAAACGGGUGCAGGAAAUUACGGGUGGUAGCGUAACGUUCUAUGACGUGGACAUUCGGGAGCGCGAUGAAUUACGGAGCGUUUUCAACAAGCACAAAAUUGAUUGUGUGGUGCAUUUCGCUGCUCUCAAGGCCGUCGGCGAAUCGUGCCGAAUUCCUUUGAAGUACUAUCAAAACAACAUCACCGGAACGAGCAUUUUGCUGGAAGUGAUGGCGGAGGCCGGCGUGUUUAAGAUUGUGUAUAGCUCAAGUGCCACCGUGUACGGUGAACCGCAGAAGCUUCCGCUGACGGAGAGCCAUCCGACCGGUAGCUGCACCAAUCCGUACGGUAAAAGCAAAUACUUUACGGAAGAGAUCAUGAAAGAUCUGUGCGAAUCGGACCCGCGCUGGACGGUCGUGUCGUUGCGCUACUUCAAUCCGGUCGGUGCGCACAAGUCUGGCCGGAUCGGGGAGGAUCCGAACGGUGAGCCGAACAAUCUGAUGCCAUACAUCUCGCAGGUGGCCGUUGGACGACGGGAGUGUUUGCGCGUGUUUGGCAACAACUACGACACACCGGACGGUACCGGUGUGCGCGAUUACAUCCACAUCGUCGAUUUGGCGGAAGGACACGUGAAAGCAAUCGAUAAGCUAGCGGGCGGCACCAUUAGUGGGUUCUGUGUGUAUAAUCUUGGCACGGGGCGCGGGUACUCGGUGUUGGAAGUAGUUAAAGCCUUCUCGAAAGCAUCCGGAAGGGAGGUCAAGUAUGAGAUUGUAGAUAGACGUGCCGGAGACGUUGCGGCAAGCUACGCGGACGUUUCGCUUGCCGCCAAAGAGCUCGGAUGGACCGCCAAACGGGGACUGGAUGAGAUGUGCGAGGACACCUGGAACUGGCAGAAAAACAAUCCCAACGGAUUUGCUGGCUAAAGUCGGUGGCGGGUUACAGCAAGGGAUGGCGGGACCAUGGAGGCGACUUGUGACUAAUUGCACCAAAGCUUACGUUGCAUGUGUAGCAAUAAUUGCUAACCUAUUCCUUUCGUUUAAUGUACGCAUUUAUGUUUUUAUUUUGCAUUUUGCUUAUCGCUUAUUAGAACAAUAUUUAGUAAAUGUUGAGCUUAAAUAGAUCAUCCUAGGUGCAGCAUAUGCUUGUGUAGCAUACUAAUCUACAUUUGUUUAUUAGCGUUGGUCUGGAUUGAUUGAUAUGCUAGUACAAUUGAGUGUCGCAUUUGGAAGUGAGAUAAAUAAACGAAUUGUUGUUGUCGAUAAGAUCGUAAGCAUCGUAAAA